GCGUGGAGGCCAUGAGCUUCACUCAGACUGGACCCACUUGCAGUGCAAAGACCACAAGCAAGAAGACUCCGAAGCCGGGAGUAGAAGUACCAACAUUUUUUUUUCUUGGAGCUUGGAGAGAAGAACGUUUGGUUCUAUGGACUGUGCUGGAGCUCCAACGCUGCCGAUUUGAACCUCCGCUAUCCGCCAGUUCUUCUGGACAUAGCAACUAAACUAAGUUGGUAGUAAACUCUUUGGAGUUUGGUAAGAGUCGCCACAUUUUUUCUUUGCUUGUGAGAGUGGACUGCACUGAAACUUGGGACCGACCCUCUUGGGUCGCGGUUGGAACCUGGCGCAUCCUUUCGGCAACUCUGCGAAAGUUUUGGCCAGUCAACAGAUCUGAAGACUUUGAGUCGAGUCAGACUUUUCAGUAGCUGCUACCCGCGUCCGGAACCGGGACAACCGGUCAGAGAGCCACUGACGAGACUUCAAAGACGCUUCUUUCAAGAUCCCUCUGAUUCAGAAAUGACAGAUUGUCUGUUGUUCUAAAAACUACGAGUCCAUCAGUUCCUUGGAGGGGUUGCGAAGAAAAAAAAGAUCUGAAAAGAAGUGCAGUAGCUUGCAACAAAGAAGACAAAGAAAAAAAAGUUACAAUACCAGAUUCCUCGUCAACGUUGACCCGAUGGCGCGGUCACUCCUCACCGGCCCCUCUGUGGCCCUUGCCCUGCUCUUCUUCGGUUUGACCUCCUGCACCCCCUCAGGCCCAGCCUCUGCCACCUGCGCCACCCUGGAGCAGAGCCGCUUCUUCGGUGUGUUUACUUCAACCACCACCCUGCCCUCAGCGCCAUGCUCCUGGACCCUGCAGAACCCAGAUCCCCGCCGGUACACCGUCUACAUGAAGAUCACCAAGCCCACCGACGCCUGCGCACCCCGCCAGAUCAGAACCUUCCAGUUUGACUCCUUCAUUGAGACCUCCCGCACCUACUUGGGCAUGGAGAGCUUCGACGAGGUCGUCAGGCUGUGCGAUGCUUCCACCACCGUCACCUACUUGGAGUCCAGCAAGCAGUUUCUUCAGAUCCGCAAGGUGGCCCCAAGAAACGCCCUAGAGAUUCCACUGGGACAGAGCGAUGUCAGUGAGUUCAAGGCUGAGUUUCUGGUGGUGGGGAAGAGGAACCCAAGCAUGCCUGCUUGCCAGAUGCUGUGCCAGUGGCUGGAGAAGUGCCUGUCAAGUAGCACUCACGAUUACCCCUGUGGCAUCAUGAACACCCCCUGCCAGUGCUGGGAAGCCCCAAAGAGGAAGCCAGGAAGCUGCUACAGGGGUGGUGUCUACGUGGAGAAAUGCUCCGCCACUUCCAAAGACAACGACCGUGAUGCUGAGAUUAUCAAGGACUGGGGUGUCUGGGGCCGCUGGUCCGUCUGCAGCCAGGAGUGCGGCGGAGGAGUGCAGGUGCGCAGUCGAAGCUGCCAGCCUGAAAACGCUGUGUGUGAGGGAACGGUUGAGGAAGGUCGCGCCUGCAACCCUCAGGCCUGCAUCGGCAAAGAGCGCAGCAGGAGCCAGGGUCUGCGGGCCAUCGUUGGUCUCAAGAGAGACAGCACUAACGGAAUCAGCACCGCAGCUGUGGACACCCCAGCAGAUGCUAAGACGGAUGAGUGGUCCUCCUGGAGUACAUGCUCAGUUUCCUGCGGGGAGGGCUGGCAGAGCCGGACCCGCCUCUGUGCCACCUCCUCCUUCACCUCCGAGUGUACCGGACCCCUGCGGGAGAACCGAGAAUGCAACAACACCGUUGUCUGCCCUGUUGAUGGUGCUUGGGAUGAGUGGACCCCCUGGAGCUUGUGCUCAUCCACGUGUGGCCGUGGUUACCGUGCACGCACCCGCACAUGCAAGCAGCCCCAGAAUGGAGGACAGCCCUGCAACGGCCCAGAGAAACAAACCAAGUUCUGCAACAUCGCUGUAUGCCCAGUGGACGGAUCCUGGAAUGAGUGGUCAGCUUGGACCGCUUGCUCCUCCACCUGCUCCAACGGCACCAUGCAGAGAACCAGAGAGUGCAACGGUCCAUCUUAUGGGGGCUCAGAGUGCCAUGGCAGCUGGAAAGAGUCCGCCAACUGCUUUCUCAAGGAGUGUCCAGUCGACGGGCGAUGGCAUUCAUGGAGCUCCUGGGGCAGCUGCAGUAAGACUUGUGGUGGAGGCAUCCAGCAGAGGCAGAGAGUCUGUGAGGGCCCUUUCUUUGGAGGGGAACCCUGCCCUGGUGAAGGUGGAGAGCAGAGGCGCUGCAAUGACAAGAGAUGCCCCGAACCCCAUGAAAUCUGCCCUGAGCAAAACACUGGCGAUGUGGUGUGGAAGAAGACCCCUGCUGGAGACGUGGCUGCUGUCGUCUGCCCUGGAGAUGCUAAAGGCUUGAUUCUGCGUCGCUGCACCCUGGACGCUGUAGGACUUGCAUCCUGGGAGAACCCAACUCACACCAAGUGUGUCUCCAGCAAAUACGAGAACAUCCAGGCACUGUCAAGGGUCUACAACUCCAAAGCCCAGACUAGACAAAGUGUUGACGGUAUUGCUGAGGUGAUUUCUCGCCUGAGGUUCUCCUCUGAUGAAGGAGCAAAGUACAGCGGUGACCUCCUGGCUGUUAUGGAGAUCUUGAGGAACACGACUGAAAUAUACAAGGGAACCAGGCUUAGACUGAGCAACGCUGAUGUGGAGAACUAUGUCCAGACCAUCAGCAACCUGCUGAAGGAGGAGUACCGUGACAAAUGGGAAGAGGCACAGCUGAGUGGCGCCAAUAUGAAGGAGUUCCUCCGCCUGGUGGAGGAGUUUGUGAACAUGAUCGGUAUGCAAAUGAGCGGCUUUCAGGACAUUUAUGAAGUCACAGAGAACUUAGUGCUGAGUAUCCACAAGCGCCCCACGUCCACAAGCUCCAACUUCACCUUCCCCGUGAAAGGCUGGAGAGGCAUGCUGGACUGGGUCAGAACAUCUGAGGAGAAGAUCUCUGUGUCCCGUGAAGCUCUUUCUCUGAAACAGUCCGAUGGAAAUGACGCCUUUGUGACCGGAAUCGUCCUCUACAGAAACCUCGCCUCUAUCAUGCCCUCCCAAAGCAACACAACACUGCUCAACUCCAAGGUGGUGACAGUGAUCGUCAAGCCCACCCCGACCCUGAUGUCCACCCCCGUGGAGAUUGAGUUCCCCCACCUCCACAAUGACACAGUCAAUGAGACGUGCCUCUCCUGGGACGAGAGCGAAUCCUCCUCUCUGCUCGGGUCUUGGUCUGCGCGGAGCUGCAGAGCGGUGCCCAUUGAUUCAUUCAGGACCAAAUGCGUCUGUGACAGCAUCUCCACCUUCGCCAUCUUAGCGCGCGUCAACCUGGACUCGAUCAUGGACAAGGCUCUGCUCCCGUCCGUGACUCUCAUCGUUGGCUGUGGGGUCUCCUCUCUCACCCUGCUGCUCCUCAUCAUCAUCUACGUCUCAGUGUGGAAGUACAUUCGCUCCGAGCGCUCAGUCAUCCUCAUCAACUUUUGCCUCUCCAUUAUUUGCUCCAAUGCCCUCAUUCUUGUCGGUCAAACUCAGGCUCGCAACAAGGUGGUGUGCACUCUGGUAGCUGCCCUUCUGCACUUCUUCUUCCUCUCGUCUUUCUGCUGGGUGCUGACAGAAGCUUGGCAGUCCUACAUGGCUGUCACUGGUCGUCUUCGCAACCGCAUCAUCCGCAAGCGCUUCUUGUGCUUGGGUUGGGGACUUCCCGCCCUGGUUGUUGCCGUUUCCGUUGGUUUCACUAAAGCGAAGGGAUAUGGAACCGUCAACUACUGCUGGUUGUCUCUUGAGGGGGGGCUCCUUUACUCCUUCGUCGGCCCCGCUGCAGCCGUAGUUUUGGUGAACAUGGUCAUUGGUAUUCUGGUCUUCAACAAGCUUGUGUCCAAGGACGGCAUCACCGAUGUGAAACUCAAAGAGAGAGCUGGGGCGUCGCUGUGGAGCUCUUGCGUGGUUCUGCCCCUCCUGGCACUCACCUGGAUGUCUGCUGUCCUGGCCUUAACUGACCGUCGCUCCGCCCUCUUUCAGAUUCUUUUUGCCGUCUUUGACUCCCUUGAAGGUUUCAUCAUCGUCAUGGUGCACUGCAUCCUGCGCAGAGAGGUUCAGGAUGCUGUGAAGUGCAGAGUAGUUGACCGCAAGGAUGAUGGAAAUGGAGACUCUGGUAGUUCCCUUCACAACGGCCAAUCCCAGCAUAUGCCGUCUGAUAAUGAAAAGGAUGGAGAUUCAAGCAGACAAGGAAUGAAGAGUUCCUCUGAAGAGAAGAUGUCUCACCCUCAGCUGCCACUCCCCAUGGGCCCCAACUUCCACACUCUGCCGUUGAAGGGCAGCCACAUGCAGGCAGUUCCUGAGUACUCCAGCCACACCCUCACCCUGAAGAGAGAGAAGAGCCACCUGCCGGGAGGAAUCGACCCUUCCUCCGGGAAGCCCGUCUACGUCUGUGAAGGGGAGCUCUUCCAGCAGCUGGACGCAGACCUGGCUCGGGUGCAGGGCGAGGGCAGUCUCUCAGACGGCAGCGGUUACAUCCUCAUGCCCAACACCACCUCCACCUUGAGAUCCAAGCCCAAAGAUGACCCCACAAAGUACAACAUGGAGCAGCUGCCCCAGGCUAGACUCAUGCACCUGGGCGGCCCCUUCGCUGAGCCACAAGCCGCCUUCGGGAUGGCGUCGGUCCCCCCCGACCAGGUCAGCGUGUCCUUUUCAGAGAGGGACUCGCCCAUCCAGAACAUCCACAACAUGUCCAGCGAGUCUCACAUCACCCACAGCAGCCUGGAGAACACCUUUGAGUCUAUGAACUCCAUGAUGUCCAAGAGCGAGACCAUCUCCACGUUGUCCAUGAGCUCCUUGGAGAGACAGAAAUCUCGUUAUGCAGAGCUGGACUUCGAGAAAAUAAUGCACACAAAGAAACGCCACCAGAACAUGUUCCAGGACCUGAACAGGAAGCUACAUCACGCUGAGAAAGACAGAGAAUCUCCUGCCUCUGACAGCAAGUCUGUGAGAUGGAGUGUGUCUUCAGGAGGAAGUGACAAAACGAACCACAGCGACAAACAGCAGGCUCCACUGGAGAGGCCCUGGGAGGGAGUCCGGGGGAUACCGCAGUCACCCCCUGCAUGGGUGCGCAAAGACCUGGAGCCCCUAGCCGCCUCGCCUUUGGAGCUGCACUCAGUGGAGUGGGAGAAGACCAGCACCUCCAUCCCCCUGGUGGGACAGGACAUUAUCGACCUCCAAACAGAGGUCUGAGGAAAACGAGAAGGGGUCAAGCGCAGUGACCUGGUUUCACCUCAGUCACCUCUUUGGUUUCAGAAUGGGAUCCUGAAUGGAUUAAGUAAAGAGAGCCACAAAGAGGGAAGAUAAAAAAGUAGGUCCCAGAAUCCAUGUCUUCAAAGCAAGAAGGAAUGACGGAGAGGAGAUGUUAGCGAGGGGAUGUUAAAUGUAGCUUCUCUGUGUGGACACUUCUCAUAGUGCUCUUAAGGUCUAAAGGGUUGGUGGUGUCCACAGACCAGGACCGUCUGUGGAACCACAACCGCUUCACUGGGAGUAUCCUGAGCCCUGCAUCCUGGGCUUCAGAAGACAUGGUCGGCAUGUUAGUGCUUCUAUUUUCCUUCAACUGAAAUGUGGAGAAAAUUAAAACUUUGAAAAUGGCGCGUCCUCCCUGCUUGUUGUGGGGGGGGCUCAGCCAGGACUCCCAGCUGCUCUUCCGGCAGCGACGUUACCUUCCGAAAACAAGUCAAGGCUAGAAAUCAUGAAAGGACCAGUGACGUGUUUCAAUGCUGUGCAUUUUCUCUGGGCUGAGCACACUCAUUUGGUUUUUGUGCAGUGAAACUUUAAUUUCUCUGGCUCUAUUUUGGCGGUUUGUGUUCGUUAGUUCUGCUUUACACCAGCAUGAGCCGCUCCAGUGACAAGAACUUGUCUGGAGGUCGGGCUGAUGAUACAUCUCUGUUGUUAUCACAAAGAUUAUCCUUACCAGUAUCCAACGCUCCUUUUUAGGUGUUUUUAUUUUUCCCCUCAUAAUUUCUUUUGGACUGUAACCUGCAAAAGAACUUUUCAAAAACGUGCAUCUCUAAUGCGUUGUGAGCCCAUGUAGACUGCAUCGGGAAAAACAGACGGCGUGCUGAUGGAGUUGAUGGUGGUGCUUUCUUCGAGCUUCUCCGCCAAACACCAGCACCACGAGGAACACAGACUCUUACACAGGAAAAGCAGUGCACUGUGGGAAAAGCUGGAUUAAAAGCUACAGAAUCCCCCCCCACCCCUACCCCCCAGCUGCAACAAGAUGCAGGCUCUUCCGUGCUGCACUUUCAAAGGGUCAAAGAGGCCGUUCGUCAUCGCCCAAUUGUUUCUCAGCCUUGCAGGACUCUUGGACGGAACAGAGGGUCCCAUCAGGGCCUUAAGACUUCAACACGUUUGUGUUUUCAGCCAUCAGUGUGAAAUAGUGCAAUAUUGAUGGGUGCUUGAUGCUCAAGCAAGACGGAUAUUAUGUUUUCGGCAGAGUUUUUCUUAGUAAAAAAACACUUUUAUACCAUCUUCCUCAUAUUUAAAGAGAAUAUAGAUGCUUUAUGAUAAUAUUGUAUUACAAAUCUGUACUAGUAAUUCAAGGAAUUCAUUCACUAGAUACAUUGUUCGCACAAGUCUCCAUAUUUGGAGCAUUCUAUGACAGGUAGAUAAUUGUAUUUCAAUAAAGAUUUUAUAGAAUUAAUAAUAACGUACAAUUAUCUCUUAAUUGUUCUUCAGGAUACUUGUUAUUACUCUGAGCUCUACAGCAACAGGUAAUAGAACCUCUUGUGUUCUGUAAUGGUGUGUUACUGUGACUCAGCAGUAUGUACAACCAGCCAGUCCCCCCGCCCCUCUCAAAUCCCCCCACAGGUCUUCUCAUAGUGCGAGUUACUCGUAUGAAACACACAUUUGUGAUUUCUUGUCACAACAUUGUUUUUUUAUGUUGUGUUUACCUCCUGUACAUGUACAGUUUUCACAGCACAAAAUGAAUGUGACUUAUUUUUAAUAAAAACAAAACAGUAUACUAUGAA